CCCCCCCCCUUUUUUUUUUUCUUCUGGAAAUAUGUUGCAAAAAUUUGAAAGGGACCCUUUUAUCUCUUCAGAAACAGUAUGGCAGUGUGCUGGAGUUGACAUCAGAAGAACUCAGUUAAAUCCUGCCUCAUUACCAUUAUCAAGUAUCAUUUAAGCAUCAUGAAUAGUCAUUAUAUGGAUCAUAGUCCUUAGAGCUUUUAAAAGUGUUUGUUUUAACAGUGCUAUUGUAUAAAUUGUUUUUUCCUCUUCAUUUCAUUCUCUAUCAUUUUAUAAAAGUCCCCAAAAUUGCUUGUUUUUAUAAUGUUGGUAACAAUUGAUAAAUUGUUCUGCAUUAAUUCCUAUGAGUUUUUAAUAUUUUUUGGUAAUAAUCUAUUUGCUUAUUUCUUAUGCCACAACAGUAUUCCAUCACCUUCAGAUACCCCAACUUAUUCAAUCCUUCCUCAAUUCAUGGGCAUUCCCUUAGUUUCCAGGAAGAGAUUAUUGGAAAAUAUAUAAAGUAUUUAGGUGCUUACUCUCCAAGAUGCACCAAAAAAAUGUAUAAAUGGUAUUACAAACAAUUGUUUGCAGAAAUAAAGACAAAAUAAUUUUUAAAAGAUAAGACUACUUAAAUUAAUAAACUCAUUUAAUGUCAUACCAAUCAAAGUAGUAUAGGAUUAUUUUAUAGAACUAGAAAAGUGGGUGCUAAGUGGUACAGUAGAUAGAGUACCAGCCAUAGAGUCAGGAAGACCUGAAUUCAAAUUCUUCCUCACACCCCCCAACUAUGUGACCCUAGACAAGUCACUUACUCCUAAUUGCCUCACAAAAGAAAAAAAAAAACGAUAUUGAAAAAAGAACUAGAAAAUGAAAUUUAUAUGGAGGAGAGAAAAGAUCAAAAAUCUAAAGGGAAAUAAUGAGAAGAAAUAAAAAUGAAAAGGGCCUAGUAGUGCCACAGCUUAAAUGAUACUACAAAGCAAUAAUUAUUAAAAACAAUUUGAUACUCAUUUAAAAGUAUUGAGAUCAAUCAAUGCAAGAGAUGAGGUCCAGAAAAUUCAGAAGAAAUUGUAUCUAAUAGCAGUAUUCAAUAGAUACAAACUCCCCCAGAUAUUACAAAAAGAACUCACUACUUGACAGGAACUACUGGGAAAAUUAGACAGCAGUGGAGAAGUUAGGUUUAGAUCAACAUUUCACAACUUAGAGAUUUUGGGCUACUUUAAAAUACUGAGAUAUGUUUAUUUUUUGUCCUAGACAAGGCAUGGUAAUUCCAUUAAAGUUGACUGUUGAACCAUUGUUAAAAUAUGUCUGUAUCCCAGUUUCUUGAUGGGUAAAAUGGGGAUAACAGAAUUUAUUUGUGUCAAGAGGAAUUUAUGUGUGAGAUAGCUGUAUUGUCCUAAGAACUUUGUAAGUAUAAGGUGGUAUGUAAAUAUUAAUUGAUAUCACAGAGUUUAAUAGUAAUAAUAUUUUUGACCAGUACAAAAAAAUGAGGUGUAAAACUCAUGACUCAUGAUCCAUAUGCAGCUAAUCUAGGAAAUCACUUUCCCAGAUAUGUUGUGGUCAUUAAGUAGUGAGGUUUGAACCCUAUAAGAGUCCAUAAAAGAAUAAAAAAGUCAGUGGUUAAUGUGUGCAUGUGUGUGUGCUCCUGCAAAGAGCUUGAACAUAGUUCAGAACGGUAUCUUUAUAUUUAUUACUGAUUAUCGAGAGGGAAAGCUUUUUCUCCUAAGAGGGGCUGUUUCAGAAUGAUCUCCAGAAAAUUAAUCAAAUUCCUGGUUUAUGAGAUCCUAGAAUUUGCUGCUUUUUUUAUCCCAACGCUUGUGGUGGCAGAACAGUUUGCCUCAGCAUACAACGAGACGAAGAACAGUUCGGAGAAGACAUCUUAUUGGCUUAUUGUGUCCGUUUCCAUUGCUUAUGUGGCCUUGGUGGCAUUGAUAGUUUGGGUUCCUGUAAAAGUUCUCUUAUACAAAAAGCAUCAUCUCUGCUCCAAAAUAAAACAAUGGAGACCUCCUUUGAUGAUAUGUAUGAUAUUCACAACACUUCCAUCCUUUGGAUUUUCUAUAGCAGCUGCAGAGGUCAAAAUGAAUGUCUCCAGCACUGCAUGUGAAACCUUACCUGACUUUUCAGUAUCAUUGGUUCUGGGUUCCUUAAUUAUUGUUGAUAUAAUUGAAAAAUUGCGAAAAUAUCCUCUCAGAGGAAGACUAAUAAAAAAUGAAGUUUCACAUACCCAUACAACUAAUUUGCAACAAGUGAGAACGGUGACUGAGGCAACUGAGGGAAACAGGCCAGUCCCCCAACGAGCAAAUGAUACUCCUGUGCCCAAGCCAAGGACAUUCGCCCAGAACCAUCAACCUGUAUCCACCGUAACUGAUGAGUCACCCUUCAGCUCAGGAAUCUUGAGGACUAUGUCCCGGCAAGACAAGCGUGCAGAGAUUUUUCUGAAUAGCUUCGUCAUGUGGUCUGACACCAUUGAGAUGCUGAGAGUUUCUGGGCACCAUUCAGUGUUUAAGUCAAGGUGGUUAUAUCCGGUUUAUAUAUUUAGCUAUAUCUCUCUGCUUCGAAUCAUAGUCGUACCACACAAAAGUCUUGUGAGUUCCUUAGGAGUCUUUUUACAGGAUUUUCCUUUUAUGUUUGUUCGAAUUAGUUUGAUUAUUGCUUUGGGGACGAUCACUCCUGUCCUAGGUCUUAUAAAAAAUGUUCUAGUGACCUUUUCUUAUUUUUAUUUCAACUAUUUUACUAUAUGGAGGUUUUUCACCACCAAUGAAACAUCUUUCCUUUAAACAGAAAAUGUUCCUUAUCUUUUAAUAAUAGUGUAGUAAAUCCUCAUUCUGAUUAUUCCCAUUCCUAUUCCCUACUAGACCUGGGGCUUGGGUAAAAAAAAUGAAAUAAGGAUUUGCUAGUACCAUUAAUUGUAAACAAGGAUUUAGAUGAAAUAUGUAACCUUCUUAGGGAAACAUUUUUUAAACAUGUGAACCUUUCAAUUAUUUGCUAUCUAGUGGAUACCUUUUAUAAAUGGAGCUUUAUUUAUUCUUUAAAACAGUUACUCAUAGGACCUACUCAAAAAGUCUUAUUACCAGUUUGGGAUUAGAAAAAGAGAGCUUUAUUAUUUUCAAGUAUCUACUCAUUAUGUUACAGAUGUACUAUGUGAUUAUUCAUUAAUAUGGACUUAUCUUCCCAACAGCAAGUCCUAUAAUGAAGUUAUUAUAAGUUGUUGUUUUAUUGUAUUUAACAAAAUCAUUGACAAUCAAUUAGAAAUUAUCUUUUGUAGAAAAUUGCCUUGGUGCCUUGAGUGUAAGUGACUUGUCCAGGGUCACAUGAUUCAAUAUGUGUUAGAGGUAAGGCUUGAACUUUAGGUCUUCAUGACUUUUAGUUCAAUCCCUUAUCCAUGAAACCAGCUGUCUCUCUGCUUUGAACAUAAUAGAUACUUAAUAAAUGUCUUUUGAAUGUUGAAUAAGUAAUGAUGUAGUGAUACGAAGAAUAUGCCUUUUUAUCAUAAAGGCAAGGCAAGGUUCAAUAGUAAAAUGUUGAAUAAAUUUUUAUAAUCUAGAAUUCUGAAAAGCCAUGUGGUAUAAGUGGAAAGAAUGUUAGAUUUGGACUUAGAGUGGAGACUCAGUGGCCCAACUUUGCUACUUAUAUACACAUAUAUGCAACAUAUGUAUUGUAUAUAUAAUGUAUAUAUGUAUAUACAAACACACAAACAUAUUUUUUGUUGUUAUUGUUGCUUUUCCAAAAUCUAUUUUCUCAAACCAUUUCUGACCAUAUUCCUGCACUCAUCCUUAUUCCAUUUAAUCCCACCUACAUUAACUAAGUGCCUUCUGUGGACAAAAGCAUUGUGGUAGAGCAUGGUGAUAAAAAGACAAAAAGCAGAGUCCCUUACACUCUCAGUACAAAGAGAUACACAAAUGCGUAUGGUAAUAAAGAUUAAGAUACUCCAAUCAUGGGCAUAGUCAACUGGCUAUAGAUACAAAAGAACACAAUUACUCAGACACACGCAACUAUAUAUGGAGUCAUACUAAGCAGAAGAAAGCAAAUAAAAACACAAUGAUAAUGGGACUAUCCUUAAAACCUAGACAUGUAGAUGGCAGAUCCAUACAUGAUAGAGUUCCUUUAGAAUUUAUUUUGUUUUAUUGUUUCAGCAAAGAUGGGUCCAACCUUGAAAUAUCAUCUUAGGUGAUGAAAGCCCAUGGGGUCAGUAUUCACAUUCUUUCCGUCUUCUACUCUCAUUCACCAAAUUAAAAAGGAGUUAAUGUUUUGUUAACCUUUUUAUAAUUCCAGUACCUGGAAUAUAGAAAAAAAAUUAAUAAAUUUACAUUGAAUUGGAAUCAAUUUCUAACUAAAUUCUAUUCUAUAUGAAGUCAACUCUGUCCAUUUGAUUUAAAAGAGAGUGGUUGUUCAGAUAUACAAGUAUUUUAUUUCCUACAGUAUUGAAUUAAUGUAAGAAAAUAUAUUAGUGAAGUAUUGGGAUUUAAACUCGAGAUUAGAUGAAAAGCUGUAUUAUUCACUUUAUAUUGCACUUAUAGCUUCUGUGUAAACUUUUGCUCCAGUUACCAAAGCAAAGCUAAUUUGUUAAGAGUGAAUGUAAGAAUGAAAAAGCAUGAACAUAAUUAUAAUAUAUUGACUAGUGGUUAUGAUGUACUUGGUAUGUUUUGUUCCCAUCUAAAUGUCUUGAUUAAAGGUCAAACAGCCAAUGUUAACUGUAAGAUAGAUCAAUUUGCAAAUUCAUCAUCAAUUAGGAUUCUGCUUAUAUUUCAAAGGUCAAGUUUAACUAAUUGGUUAAUUGAAAUAACCUUGAUCAUCUUCUUUAGACAUAGUAGUGAUUGUCAAUUAAGAAUAAUGAACCUGAAUUUCAAUAACAUUUUUUUGUCAGUAGCAAUCCAAACUAUUCGGUCUUUUCAUGGAGUCAAACUUCCCAAGGUCGAAGUUAGUUUCUGUGUAAAAAAAAUAGAAUUGUUUUUUAUAGCAGAACUAGAAAUAGGAUCCUACUUCAUUGAUGUGUCAACUGCUUUUUCUUGUUUGUAAACUUCUUUUCCCUAUCAUGUAUUAUAUUUAUGUAUGAUUAUGAAACCUAGAAGUGCUACUUCAAUGAAAAAUUAUUAGGGAAAAAUGCACGUGUUAAAGUUGUAUCUUAAAAUAUUUUAAUUAUAUUUGGAUUUUUAAGCAAA